AUGAAUCGCAUGAGAACCCUAGAAAGGGUUGUCGAGACCCGCAUCGAUAUGUUAGAUUUCGAAAAAGCAACCGAAGUCAAAGAAGACUGCUCAUUUUGUCGGAGUCUCGAUUGCGAUAUCAUUUUUGCUAUUUUAUUUACAUUCGUUAUCGCCUGCCUAUUGGUACUAAUUAUGUUAUUCUGGCUAAAAGAAUGUGAUCAUAUUUUCGAUUCAUCAAAACCAGAAGGAGAAUUCAGACUCCCCAUCUUACCUUCACCUGCAGGCGAUAUUGAACAAAAAUUCCCAUCCUAUACGUUCAAAAAUAUGCAAUGUAUAUACACGUUUAUCGCGGGGCCGAGGCAACGUGUGAAGCUUAAUUUUGAUCAAUUCCAAUUGGCCAGCACAGCUGAAAGUUGUGAAACCGAGUAUGUUGAUGUAUACUCUGAAUUGGAAAGUCCAGAUGAUGAUCUCCUUUCUUCGUCAUUUGGUGGCCGUUAUUGCGGUAGCGUUUCUCCAUAUGUUCGAAUCAGCUUGCACCAAGUUAUUGUUCUCGUAUUUCAUUCACGUUCAUCUUUCAAUCGAACUACUCCAUUAAAAUUUCAGGGAAGAUACACCUUUUUCUCCGACGCUCAAUAUAAUGUUGGUCAUCAAAUAUAUCCAGAGAAAUGUGGAUUCAUUAUUGAUGCAAAAUUUAGGAAGCAUGGAACUAUUUUAUCACCGACGUAUCCAGGAACAUAUCCUAAAAACUUUCACUGUACAUAUUUGCUCAAUGGUAAACCGGGUCAACGUAUUCGAUUAUUUUUUCGCGAUUUUGACAUUUAUUUUGGAGGGGAGCACUGUCCUUAUGAUUCGUUAACUGUUUAUGACGGUGCAACGAAUAAGGACCCAAUCAUAAAAAAGGUUUGCGGCUUGCAGCAACGAGUGGAAAUUUAUACAUUGGGUCCGAAUGCCUUUAUCGAAUUCAAUACAUCGAGUCCACCUAAAGCUGAUCCACGAGGUUAUAUGAUUGAUUACGAAUUCUCAUUUCGAUAUGUUGAUGUUGUUGAGCUUCUCGAUAAUCAAAAAGGAGUCACCCAUUUGCGUGGAUCAGAAUGUGACGUACGAGUCGAGAGUAACCGCGAAACAACACACUACAUCAAGUCACCAAAGUAUCCUAAUCUUUAUCCACCAAAUACGACGUGUACAUAUAUAAUUGAUGGUUUGCAAGGUGAGCAAAAUCUUGAGAGGGCUAUAUUGAACUUUGAGAAAUUCGCAGUCUUCUCAGAAAUACCUAUCAGCACUACAACAUCAGCAACACACACAGAACAUGAAGAAGAAGUCUGUGCCACAGCUUAUGUAGGAAUCGCUACUCAUAUAGCAACGAUCAGAAGAGUUUUGGAUUCUAGUGAAGAAAGUUUGUACGAUUCGACGAUAUGUGAUCGAAUUGCAGACCGUUCAUUGGGUCCGUAUGUGAGUGAAGGACCUCGAAUGGUAUUGGUUUUCAGUUCAUAUGAUAAGGUGACUCCUGAUGGUCUAAGCCCAUUCGGUUUUCGUGCAAGAAUCGAUUUUAAAACAGAUUUCGGUAUACCAGGAGAACCUAUUGGCGAUUCAAAUAAGUGCGCAUUUAUGUUUACUAAGCCUCUGGGCUCUUUUAACAGUCCACGAUAUCCAGCCAAUUACCCACUCGAUACGAACUGUACUUAUACAAUACGAGCUAAGCCUGGUCAACAAAUUCAAGUGUAUUUUGAGCAAUUUGCUCUUUAUAAUGCCGAAGGAUCAUUAAUGGAUGAGAAAUGCCGCGAUUUCUUAGAAAUAUUUGAUGUUUUCCAAAAAGAUGGAAAGGAAGAGACUUAUUUGCAAGCAAAAUAUUGCGCUCACACUUUUCCUGGUCCUACGGUGUCGGCAUUUGGAUCGAAUGAACUUCGAUUUUUCUUCCGAUCUGAUUCCGAAGGAACUGGCAAUGGAUUUAAAGCUUUGUACAAAAUCCGGAAAGCUUUUAAGGAAGAGAUUCCAUCACAAGAAAAUUCGCGACAUUGCGGAGAAAGAAUAUUUGGUUCUCCGGAAACAACAUCUGGUUGGUUUAUAUCACCUGGCUAUCCUGGCAAAUACAAUAAGGAUCUAAUAUGCGAUUGGGAAAUAGUAGUAAGAGAAGGUUAUAAGAUACUUUUGAGUCUUGUGAAAAUGGAGGUAGAAGGAGCAAUGAAUGGUGAUUCAAUCAACUGUCAAAAUGCUGUUAUUCGAAUAAAUGCUGAUCCAAGCACUAAAGCUAGGUCUCAGGUGAAGGAAAUCUGUGGAACUGUUGAAAGUGUUGUCCGUCCCAUCAUAUCGAAAAGCAAUGUUAUGCGAAUUAGGCAAUUUUUUUAUCAUUCAGUUUUCUUCUUCACUUCCCCGGAUAAAGUUAACGGUCUUAAAGGAUUCAAUUUCACGUGGACAGAAGUGAAGGUUGUUAAGGAUGAAGCAGAAUGUAUGGGGCCUUCGCAUUAUCUUUGCACCUAUACGAAAUUAUGCAUUGAUUCGCGUUUGCGAUGCAAUGGUGAUGAAAAUUGUGGAUUGCAUGAUGAUACGGAUGAAGCUCAUUGUAAUAAACUUGAAAGUGCUACUGAUAUUCAAACUGUUCUUUUCGCAGCUGCAUUUUCCGGAUGCAUUUUUCUCUUCAUAUUUAGCUUCUUUUGUUAUCUAUUCAAGAAAAAAUUCGAAAAAAAAGAAAAAAAACGUAGGCGACAUGCUUCCUCCGGUGUCAAGCAUUUACGUGAGCCAUAUCGACUUCAAAAACCCGUAGUCAAAGUGACGGCUAAAAAUUCCGGUGGUCCACAGCCAUGUUUGCAACUGACGUAUUUCAAGCAGUUUGCUAAUUCUUAUGAUAAAUGGCAUCAAAAGCGAGGACGAUCAAUGAAGACCUGGACUGAAAUGGUACUUCAACGAGUAAGGUACAUAGCAAUAUACAGCCUUAGGGGAUCGAAAGGAAGCGGAAGGGCUUCCACCACGCCUCUAUAG